AUGACAAUCCAAGCAAACCACGGUGCCUCUAUCGCGGACAUUAUCGCGAUCGGACCUGAUUCUGAAGGUGUAGAGGCAUGGCGUGAGAGAUGCGGAAUCAAGACGGACUCUCAGAUCCGUCUAGUUAAGCUGGCACAUAUGCGCUACCAACACCCCGAUCUAGACGAGAUCACUAUCUUCCUCGAAGAUUUUGGCAUGAUUAUUGCGAAGAAGACUGAUGAUGAAAUCUGGUAUCGGGGCUAUGGAGUGGACCCCUAUGUUUACUAUGCGAAGAAAGGACCGAAGAAGUUCCUCGGCGGUGCCUUUGAAGUUGAAUCUUACCAAGAUCUCGAGAAGGCAACAAAGCUACCGACAGCCGGCGAGAUACAGGAGCUCACAGAUGCCCCAGGUGGAGGCUACAUAGUGACUGUGGAAGACCCCGAAGGAUUUGCGAUAAACUUAUUCUGCGGGCAAACGCUAGCUACCCCUAGGUCAUAUCAAGAAAAGCUCGAGAUCAACUAUGAGAUUGAGAAACCAAGAGCGCGUAGGUUCCAGCGGUUCCAACCCGGUCCUGCCGGAGUUCAUAAGCUCGGCCACUACGGCGUCUGCACUACACAGUUCGAAGCCCUCGUCGACUUCUACACGAAGAAUUUCAAUAUCGUCCCAACAGAUUUUCUCUACGUCGAGGUAGAAGGAAUCAAAAAGAACGUCGCACUAUUUGCCCACAUUGACCGCGGCGAUCAGCACGUUGACCACCAUUCAUUCUUUAUAAGCUCAAACCUAACUACCCACGUACACCACUGCUCAUUCGAAGUCCAUGACUUCGAUACACAAAAGCUGGGCCACCAAUGGCUCGCAAAGAAAAAUUACAAGUCUGUCUGGGGAGUUGGUCGGCAUAUUCUUGGUAGCCAGAUCUUCGACUACUGGUGGGAUACUACAGGGAACAUGAUUGAGCAUUAUGCUGAUGGGGAUUUGGUGAAUGACCAAACUCCGAUAGGGUAUGGACCUGCGGGUGAUGAGUCUUUGGCUGUCUGGGGGCCAGAAGUGCCAUCUUGGUUCUUGCACUGA